AUGUCGUGGUUUACAGCUGUGACUGGUAAAGCCGAGGAUUUCCUGAACAGGCUGGAUAAGUCUGCAGCCGAUGUCUUACACACAGAUGAAGUGAGAUUGAAUGAAACACAUCACAUACCUCAAGAGCCUGAACUAACACAUUCCACUCCUCUAGCUACAGCAGCUGGAUCUCUGACUCCUUCGCAUAGUGUCCCUACUCACUUGUACAAAUCUGGAGAUGAAGCAGGUGCGGCACAAGCAUUUGGUACCACGUCUGUGAAAGGAUCUUUGAAGGCACAGAUUCCACCUCCUCCUACUGUAAACAUUACUCCUGCUUUGAGCUCACAGGCUUCAGGAAAAGUUAUCAAAAAGAAGAACUCUGAUGAAGCCCUCUUUGAUUUCCUCAAUAGUAAGGACUCUUCCGGUAAUGUGAAGGCUAGACCGACAUCUGAAAGCAGUCGUCACCAUUCCCGACAGUCAAGCACAUCUUCUGUUGUGUCCUCUGCCUCAAAAGGGCCUAAGUCUGAAGGAGGUGCUAAAAAUGUUUCAGAAAUUACUCUUCCACCAUCUGCUAUCAAAGUAGGAGAAACCUCUGCUAGUGGGAACACUGAGGAUGAUCUCAGACAGGACAGCCCAACAAACUCUAAUGUGUCUGCUGAUGUGGACGUCAUAGCUGAUGCAAUGAAAGAGAGCCCUGUUGGAAGUGAUCAGAGCGCUCCUGACAGUGAUCACGCUGAUGUGGGGAAUGAACAAAAGGUCCGACAACUGUCUUCCCUAGAACUGGAGAAUAGGCUUCUUCGUAAUGAAGUUGCAUCUCUAAAUGAUGAGAUGGCUACUGUGAUCACACGAGCUAAAGAUGCAGAGUCUGAACUUAUGAGGGCCAAAGAAAAAUUAAAAAUCCACUCGAACUCUGCAUCAAUGAAUGAACAUCUGGUCAGAGAGCUACAAGCCAGAGAGUUGGAUCUGACUGAGGCUUUGAAGGCCAAAGAUGCACAGUUGGCAGUUUUACGAGUGAGGCUGGAAGAGGCUGACAAGAAGGUUCAUUCCAAAGAGAGGAAUCUGGAAGAGGUCCGACUAGAAAGAGAAAGAAUACUAAGGGACCACACAGACUCAAGUGGUCUUCACAGUCAGGCAUUGGAUUCACUCAAGGAGAAACUGAGGGAAGUUGAGUAUGCACUAUCGAGAGAACAGGCUGCAUACAAACAGUUGCAGCAAGAAUCUGGAGAAAGACAGAACAGACUUGAGCAGGAGCAGCAGUCCAUGACUGAAGCACUGACAGCGGCACAGAAAAAACUUGGUGAUGAAAAGGUCAAGCUUGCUGAGCUGACCGGUCAGCUUCGGGCGGCUAAAUCGAAUGCAGACUCUGCCAGGAGGGAACUCUCAGAAUACAAAGAGAAGGCAGCUCGUAUCUUACAGUCAAAGGAAAAGCUGAUUUCCAGCAUGAAAGAUGGAUCAAGUCCAUUAGGGGAUGCUGGUGGUGUUUCAAUGUUAGAGUAUGACUCACUGAAACAGGAGAGAGAUAUGAUUAGAGAAGAGUUGCAGCAGAUGAAAAUCACGAUAGAGAAUCUACGAGUUGAACUGCAGGAUGUGGAGACACAACUGCAUCAUGAAAGUGAGACCGCACAGGAGACAAUCAGGUCAUUGGAGGAUAGUCUCAGGGAGGAAAAGAGAAAGAAAGAGGAUGUUGAACUGGAACUUUUGAAGCAGAAGCAGGAGCUUCAGUACACAUUGGAAGAGCUUCAUAAGCAGAAGGCAGCAUUUCAGACAAGAAUCAAUGACAGAGAGUCAGAAAUUGACAAAUUGAGGAAUCAGCUAAUGACCAAAAGCAUGAGCAGCAGCACGGAAAGUGAGCUGGAGUCCAGGCUGCGCUCCCUCACAGAAAGCCUUAUACAGAAACAAACUAUGCUGGAAGCUCUGAGUACUGAGAAGAACUCUCUGGUUCUACAGCUGGAGAGAAUAGAGAACCAGUACAGAGACCUAGAAAAUGCUAUGCCCAGAGUUCCUUCCACUUCACAGCUUGUUGCAGUCAAUGAUCAUGAUGAUGAUGUGAGGCAGAGAUUACCUUUGUUCCUGCGAGAGGUCCCAACUGAUCAUGAAGUUACAAGAAGAAUGAAAAGAGCUGCCAAUUCAAUUGAUGGUUUCAGCAUUCGCCUAGGGGUCUUUCUGAGGCGAUAUCCAGCAGCCAGAGUCUUUGUUAUUGUGUAUAUGGUUUUGCUUCACCUGUGGGUGCUAGUGGUGAUGAUGACAUAUCAGCCAGAAAUACAUGAUUCAGAUUACCACCCCAGACCACCGUCAGAUUACCAGCCCAAACCACCAGAAACGUGA